AUGUUCUGUGGUUUUCGACAAAAGCUUCCAGUAACUCUUACUAUUCAUUAUCAUGAAACAGCAACGAUCAAGCUGACAAACAGCAUUCAAACAGAUGUUGUUGUAACGCUUUGGGGUAUUGGAAGUGUUGGUAUUUUAACUGAAUAUGCUGCAGUAGAGUUUGGAAAACAAAGGACAUAUGCAACCGGUUUAGCUCCACAACCAUAUUCUUUAACUGUUGGUAAUUUCAAUAAUGAUAGUUACAUAGACAUAGCUGUCGUCAAUUCAGGAAGUGAUAGUUUAAAUGUCCUUUUGAAUUCGGGUAAUGGUACAUUUGAAAUGCAAAUAAACUAUCCUAUUGGUGCAGAUUCAUACCCACGAUAUAUUCUCGCUGAUGAUAUUAACAAAGAUAAUUAUGUCGAUUUAGUAAUUGCUACUUCAAAGAAUAACAGUAUUAGUUUACUUAUGGGACAUGGUAAUGGAAAUUUUGAUAUUCCACAAGUGUAUUCAACUGGCAAAGAUUCAUAUCCAUUGGCAAUAGCUAUCGGUGAUGUCAAUAAUGAUAAUCGAUCAGAUUUAAUUAUUGCCAAUGCAGGUAUAGAUGGUAUAGGUAUACUUCUGCGGUUUGAUUAUACAACAUUUCAAAGACAAAAGACUUAUUCCAGCGAGAAUACUAGAAGACCACAUUACAUCAUCACCAGUGAUUUUAACAAUGAUAAAUAUCUAGAUAUUGCUAUUACUUAUAGUCUCAGUGAUAACAUAGGUAUUCUUCUUGGAUGUGGCAAUGGAAAUUUCACUACCAUGCUAAGAUAUUCAACUGGAUAUGGUUCUUAUCCUAUUGCGGUUGUCUUAACCGAUAUGAACAACGAUAAUCAAACAGAUAUUAUUGUGACCAACUAUGCUGCUAACGCUAUAGGUAUUCUAUUUGGACGUAGUAAUUUAAAUUUCGAUACCAUAGUUAAUUAUCCGAUUGAAAAAGGUGCGAAUCCAGUAUCACUUGCCGUUGGUGACUUUGAUAAUGACGGUCAAACGGAUAUUGCCGUAGUUAAUGUCGACUCUGAUAGUAUCAGUAUAGUUUUAGGUUAUGAAAAUGGAAGUUUUUUAAGUCAAUUAACCUAUUCAACGGGUUAUCAAUCUGCGCCAUCGGGGAUAACUGUUGGAGAUUUCAAUUGA